CCGGCAAGCGCGCGAAAAAUGUGCUUUUUCCGGCGCCCUCCCGGACACCGGCCAAUCACGGCGCGACAGUCGCGGGGCAACCGACGUCCGCACGACACGUGUAUCUCGCGCUGCGAUAUGUUUACGCGUGCGCUAACUUACGCGACGAAAACUUUUAAAUAAACAUUAAUGACUGUUGUUUUAGUGCGAAACGAAGUGGAACUUUAAAAAUGGACUCUAGUACGAGCAAACCUUCGUCCCCGCCGAAACCCAUAAAAAAGGAGAACGAAGAAGAAAUCAAGGAGUUCGCCGAAACGGCUAUGAAUGAACUUCUGGGCUGGUACGGGUACGAGCGGCUCGAGUUACGACGAUGGGCUGCAUCACGCGCGCGCGGGGCCAGCCCUGAGCAGGCCAGCGAGCAAAAGAGCAAAGACGAAUGUUCCUGGUGCAACAAGAGCAUCACGGACAGCGGAGCGCUACAACAGGCCGGGGCAGUGUUUUGUUCAGAACUAUGCUUCAGCCAAUCACGACGCGCCAACUUCAAGCGAGCCAAGACUUGUGACUGGUGCCGACAUGUGCGGCACACCGUGGCCUAUGUGGACUUCCAGGAUGGAGCCACGCAGUUGCAGUUCUGCUCCGACAAAUGCCUGAACCAAUACAAGAUGCACAUCUUCUGCCGAGAGACGCAGGCGCACCUCGAUCUCAACCCCCAUCUGGUGAACGCCUCCUCCACAUCAAACCUCAUAACUCCUGAACUCUGGCUCAAAAACUGCAAAAGCAGAUCUGCUUCUCCAUCAUCCGAACGCUCCGGAUCUCCCACUGAAGCCAUUAAGCCACCAGAAAGAGAAAAAGAGAACAGAACUGCAAGAAAAUCUCCCUUACCUUUAAUAACGAUAGCUCCUUCAGCAAAACUAAUGAAACCAAAAACACCCGAAGAACGCGUUCAAAAGUCACCGGAAACCAAAAAAGAAUCAAGAUUAAAGAUGAAUUUAAGGAAGCGGAGAGCAUCUAAAUGUUCCGCCACAGUCACUUCACAAACAGUGAAACACACACCAACUCCCAAAGCCCAGGAUCUAAGAAUGCGGAGUCCUUCUAUGGAUGGGUCAUCACCAGCAUCUACAGUUGGCAACAGCGCGAUACACUCACCGCCGCAUUCAAUAAAUCCUCACACUAUUCCUCCUCCUCCUCAAUUCCCAAAUCCAAUGUACGGUAUGCCUCCUCCAGCAUUCGUAGAUAAUCACGAGCAUAGACCAAAUAUGUUCCCUCCACGAUUUAGCUUUAUUCCACGACCAGGUAUCCCUAUGCACCAGGAAAGACCUCGCAUUCCGCCUCCUCUAAACUUCCCACCACUAGGCCAAGCACCUCCAGUGACAGUCCUAGUACCCUACCCUGUAAUCCUCCCAAUACCUCUACCAAUCCCUAUCCCGAUACCUUUCGCAUCAUUUCUCCAAGCACAUUGUGCUGGAAAAGUCAAAACCGAAUCAAUGGAUGAUGCCGAAGGCCCGUUAGAUUUCACAAUGAAUAGCGAUAAAAACAAAGAUGAAGAAUCUAAAGAAAAUAAAAAUGACAACACAGAAUCAGAUAAGAACUCAAAUCAUAGUGACAAUGAUCGGAGCGAGGAAAAACAAGAAACGGAAUCUAGUGAGACUAGUAACGCAGAACAGACUCUGCCUAAAUUCAAAAUAACACGAUUAGGAAAUAAAAUGGCGAAGAUAGUAACAAAAAGCAGAGAACCUUCGGAAGCCCCCAGACCUCUUAGGAAACGGCGGAGACUGGUCGAAGUAGCCACGGAAGACGACCCUCUACUCCCGAAGACGAGGAAAAUAGUGCAAGUUUAAAUUUCUUAGAUGACACAUAAUAUAAUCUCAAAUUAAUAUAAUACGGUUUUAUUAAAUACAUAUCACAAAUUCAUAAAUUAUACGGUCUUUUGAAAAACGGAAUGUCAGUAG